AUGGGUGUUCCCUCACUAUUUAGGUGGCUACAACUCUCCCAUAGGGAGGCAGUGCACAGCAUCAUGGAAAAGCCAUCUGUAGACUGUCUGUAUCUCGACUUUAAUGCAAUAAUCCAUACAUGCAUCAAGCCCGGGUUGGGGUCUGAGGAAGAGAUCGAAAGAGAUCUGUAUAAGACCGUGGGAGACUUCAUUGACUACAUCCUCCUCAGAACGCGGCCUAGGAAGCUUCUAUACAUAGCAAUCGAUGGGGUGGCUCCCCGAGCAAAGCUGAGCCACCAACGGGCACGCAGAUACAAGUCUGCCCUUGGGAAGAAAGAAGGGAAGGCUCCUGUGUCUACUGGGAAGACAGAUCCUACAGCGUCGUCAAUAAGCGAGAAGACUGAGGAGGCCACCGAUGUGGAGUUCACAGGAGAAAGCUCCCUAUACGACAAAUUCAUUGCAGAAGAUCUUUCUGAGUCCUCCUCUCUUGCCAUGGAUGUGGAGGCCGAGAAAUUCGAUUUGAAUUGCAUUACUCCCGGAACACCUUUUAUGGAAAGACUCCAUAAUGUUCUGAUUUCCUAUAUCCAAUACAAGCUCAGCAAAGACCCAGAGGUUUCCCAUCUGAGAAUAAUAUACUCCAGUUACCUGGUUCCUGGAGAAGGGGAGCAGAAGAUCAUGAGCUUCAUAAGAAACCAAAUUCCAGCUGCAAAGAACGAUGUUCACAUGAUUUACUCGCCUGAUGGAGAUCUGAUCUUUCUUGGGCUCUCUCUUUACAAAAGCAGGGUGUUGAUAAUGAGGGACUACUUCAGUCCAAGCAAAGCACGCAAGAAAAAGAUCUGCACAAAAUGCGGGCGGACAGGACAUUCAAAUGAUGAAUGUGGAGUGUUUGACAACUACCACUUUGUGUAUGUUAACAUUGCGGAGCUUAGAUCAAGACUUAUCAGGGAGUUCAGAAAACACACGACACAGAGAUUCAACGAGGAAAGACUUCUAAGCGACUGGAUAUUCCUUUGCUUUCUGCUUGGAAAUGAUUUUGUGCCAUCGAUCCCGUGCCUCGACAUAAGAUUCCAUUCCAUCGAUACUUUAACAGAGAUUAUGAUGAAAAACUUUUCGGAGACGAAGUCAUACAUCACCUGCAAUACAUCCAUCAACUACCAAGUGCUUCGGAACUUCUACACUAUUCUUGCUCGCAAGGAAGACGGUCUUUACCACCGGAAGUCACAGUCUCUGGACAGACUUAGAGAGGAGUUGAAGGACAUGCCGAACAUUAUCUAUGAGAAGAUUCCAAUUCAUACAAAAACAGGAAAAAUUCAAUAUUACACCUCGAAGCUGAAUGCCAAAACAGACUCUGACAUCAAGAACAUAUGUUAUGAAUACAUCAAGGCACUCUACUGGGUAUAUUCAUACUAUAUUCUUGGAUACACCGGAUGGGACUGGUAUUAUCCACACCAUUUUGCACCUCUUGCAGCAGAUCUGUCGAAGCUUUCCAUCAGUGAGAUCCGAAUCAACUCUGGGCUUCCCUUGAGGCCUCUAGAGCAGCUUUUGGUUGUCCUCCCGCCAAUGAGUAAGGGAAUGGUUCCCCGAGAGCUUCAACCGAUAUUCAACAACUACAAGGACUACUAUCCAGAAGAUGUAGAAACCGACAUGUUUGAUAAGGUUUAUCUGUGGCAAGAAGUUGUUCUUCUUCCGUUCAUGGACUUCCGAAGUAUUUUGUCCGAAAAUGCUUCAAGAUUCAACUCCCUUGGAUAUGAGGAUUUAAGCAGAAACCUAAGAAGUUUAGAUCUGUUCUUCACAGUUGACAAGAAGUCUACAGAGACCAUCUUGAACAUGUACUCGGAGCUCAAGCCAAUGUGUUUUAUCAAAGACCCUGGAUACACCGGAAAUCUCUCCCCUUAUUCAUCUGCAAGCUUCCCUGGAGACAUGGCUGAGUACAACGGUACUCAAUUCGUUAACAGAACCAUUGCGGGCUUGAUAGAGCCGAAGAAGAAUUAA